UCCCAGGGUCAAGGGUUGGGCCGGAGGACGCUAUGCCGCGCAUAGUGGAGCAGCCGCCAGAUCUGCUGGUCUCCCGGGGCGAGCCCGCCACGCUGCCCUGCCGCGCUGAAGGCCGUCCUCGACCCAACAUCGAGUGGUACAAGAACGGGGCGCGCGUGGCCACUGCGCGCGAGGACCCACGCGCACACCGCCUGCUGCUGCCCAGCGGUGCCCUCUUCUUCCCGCGCAUCGUGCACGGGCGCCGUGCGCGGCCGGAUGAGGGUGUCUACACUUGUGUGGCCCGCAACUACCUGGGGGCAGCGGCAAGCAGAAACGCCUCGCUGGAAGUGGCAGUCCUCCGGGAUGAUUUCCGGCAGUCUCCUGGGAACGUGGUGGUGGCAGUGGGGGAGCCAGCAGUAAUGGAAUGCGUGCCCCCCCGCGGCCACCCGGAGCCCUCCGUGUCCUGGAAGAAGGACAGUGCAAGAGUCAAGGAAGAAGAAGGAAGGAUCACGAUCCGUGGAGGGAAGCUGAUGAUGUCACAUACACUCAAGAGUGAUGCAGGGACGUAUGUGUGCGUGGCCUCCAACAUGGCAGGAGAACGGGAGAGUGGGGCAGCUGAACUUGUGGUCCUGGAGCGUCCCUCAUUCCUGCGCAGACCAGUGAAUCAGGUGGUCCUGGCUGAUGCCCCUGUGAAUUUCCUAUGUGAAGUGCAGGGAGAUCCCCCGCCUCAUCUACACUGGCGCAAGGAGGAUGGGGAACUGCCCACAGGCAGGUAUGAGAUCCGGAGUGACCACAGCCUUUGGAUUGGGCACGUGAGUGCUGAAGAUGAGGGGACUUAUACCUGUGUGGCGGAGAACAGCAUGGGCCGCGCUGAAGCAUCUGGCUCCCUCAGUGUUCACGUCCCACCCCAGUUGGUGACGCAGCCCCAGGACCAGAUGGCAGCUCCUGGAGAGAGUGUGGCUUUCCAGUGCGAGACCAAAGGAAACCCCCCACCUGCCAUCUUCUGGCAGAAGGAAGGGAGUCAAGUCCUGCUUUUUGCCAGCCAGACGCUUCAGCCCACAGGGCGCUUCUCAGUCUCUCCAAGAGGCCAGCUCAGCAUCACUGGAGUGCAGCAUGGGGAUGCUGGCUACUAUGUGUGCCAGGCUGUCAGUGUGGCUGGCAGCAUCCUGGCCAAGGCCAUGCUGGAGAUAAAAGGAGCCUCCUUGGAUGGGAUGCCUCCGGUCAUCCUCCAGGGACCAGCCAAUCAGACGCUGGCACUUGGCUCCUCUGCAUGGCUGCCAUGCAGAGUGACUGGGAACCCUCAACCCAGUGUCCAGUGGAAGAAGGAUGGCCAGUGGCUGCAGGUGGAUGACCUCCAGCUCAACCUAAUGGCCAAUGGCACACUGCACAUCACUAAAGUGCAGGAGAUGGAUGUGGGUUUCUACAGCUGUGUGGCCAAGAGUUCCAUAGGGGAGGCCACCUGGAGUGGCUGGCUCAGGAUGCGGGAAGACUGGGGAGCAUCACCAGACCCCCCUAUGGAAACCCGUGUCCCUCCGGGGCCUCCCUCUCAGCCAAUGGUCACUGAGAUCACCAAGAACAGCAUUACCCUGACCUGGAAGCCUAAUCUGCAGGCUGGAGCCACAGUCACCUCUUAUGUGAUAGAAGCCUUCAGCCAAGCAGCUGGCAACACGUGGCAGACAGUGGCAGAUGGUGUGCAGCUGGAGACACACACGGUCAGUGGUUUGCAGCCCAAUACCAUCUAUCUGUUCCUGGUGCGAGCUGUGGGAGCCUGGGGCCUCAGUGAGCCCAGCCCUGUCUCUGAGCCUGUCCGCACGCAGG